UAAAAAAACAAGACGGAGUAGUAGAGGAGGCCAGGAGGGUUUACGUUUUCGUUCGGAUGGAACUGCGAUCGGGGCGUCGUCUCAGGCGCUCGCCGCCGCCGCCGCCGCAUGGAGCUUCGUCGUCCAGGCGUGGUCCAGGCGGAGGAGCCGACCUCAUCAGCGCCCUCCCCGAUGAGAUGCUUCUCCUAGUCCUUGUACGCCUACGUUGCGUCCGCGCCGCCGUGCAGACCAGCCUCCUCUCGCGUCGGUGGCGCGAUGUCUGGACCGGUCUCACCGACCUCAGCUUCCGCUACCUCGAGCCCGCCACGAUCGAAGCGGUGCUGGGCCGCUUGGCUGCAGCUUCAACGCCGGUGUCCACAAUCGACGUCCGUCUUCAUAGGAGAGAGACAGCCUACCACGCCAACUUGUUGCUGCGUGCCGCCGCACGUCUCUCGCCGAGGGAGAUGGUCUUCAUCGUCCCGUCAUCAAAUAUGGGAGGCGUGGUAGGCAUGAUCGAGCUGCCAUGCUUCAACCGCACUGCCUCAAUCGAGCUGGACACCCAACGCCUCCAUGUCCAUGUCGGGCCACCGCCGGCCGGCGAGUUCACCUUGCUCGAGAGGUUGUCCCUAUCCGGCAACAACAUCGACCUUAGCGGCUUGCGCAACUGCUGCCCUCGCCUGAGCAUGCUCAGCGUCACCUCGGAGAGCAGCAUCACGUUGCCACCGGACAAUGCGUACCCUGCGCUCGAAAGUUUGUUCCUCACUGGAGAAAUCUUCGGCCUUGACUCCUUGCUACACUGCUGCCAACUGCUCCGCGUGCUCAGUGUUACCUACUUGUACUCACAGCAGCUCACGCUGGGUCCGGCGGGCGAGUUCCUCGCGCUCGAAAAGCUGUCCCUUGACGGCAACAUCGUCAACCUUGGUGACAUACUCAAACGAUACCCGCGUCUGCGCGUGCUCAGUGCCACCUUUCGCGGUGUUGAGCCCUGCUCGAUCGAAGCGGCCCUCCUCUCGCUAGAAGGGGCGGUGGCACUCGGCCUCGUGUUGUCCCUCAUUGGUAUCCACAUUCAACGAAGUGGAGGAGGACAUACAACGUCGAUGCCAAUCGAUUCAUCUCCCUUUUGCGCGGGGUGGCGAGACUAUCGCCACAAAAGGUCGUCUUCACUGACGAGUUAUACGGAGACAUCACUACCGACCUGCUGUGCUUCGACCAUGCAACCUCAAUCGUAAUGAACUCGCAAAGCAACAUAUGCUUCACACUGCUACCGUCCAGCGAGUUCUCCAGCGAGGACAAUGCAGGGUCCAGGACAUUGGCACCUUGGUCACCAGUUGCCCACGCCUGCGCAUACUAAAGGCUACUGUAGCAGGAAACAUCAUAGUCCACUCGGCAUCGCUGCAGGAGCUUGAUGUCGAUAGAGAUAUCAACACGGGGUGUCGCGGCAUUGACAUAGUAACUCCCAUGCUUAAGAAACUGCAGCUGAAGGUUCGAGCCGGGGAAAACAUCGGUGUGUUCAUCUCGGCACCAGCAGUAGAAACGGUCUUGUGGCAGCGAUGGUACACAGGGUUGCCUCUUGUUUUUGAUUGUUGGUGGCUCGAGAGGAUGAGGGUACAGACGAUAGAGAGGAGCUGGGACAACUGGGAAGACUCGGGUUCUCAAGUGCAGCAGCUUCCACGCUGUCAUGUCCUGUGCUUGCAGCUAUAU